ACUUCUAAAAAGAUGUUGCACUCCCCCAUGUGAAGUAAGUCUAACUGUGUUCUGGCUCCUCCUAUGGUAUCUAAACGUCCACCAUGAAGAGGAAGUGGAUUAAUUGCACUCUUUGAAAUCACCAUUGGUGUACUUGGUGCUGCCAAGGGAUUGUUAAACAAACAUUUCAAUUUGUUAAUAAAGGUUGAUGCACUAAAUUCCACUCAAGAAAUCAUCUACAAUGGCUAAAAUGAAUGACCUGUGGGUUUCAACAGCUUUUAAAGAUAAUGUCUAUAUAUCAAAACGAAGUAUUAGAAAGAGUCUCAUCAGCAAGAGGCAUUAUCUGCCUGUGGAGAGUAACAUUACUGACACUAUGAAAACAAGCUUUAAUCUACCCAGUGAAGAGGGCAUCAGUGCUUCUGCCAAUUGGGAUGAAAGUAAAAACAAAAGAAUCCAAGAGAAUCCUAGAAGUCAAGCUACAUGCCACCUUCAUGAGAGAUAUUCUGAACAAUCCUCUGAAAAGGAAAGAGGAGUGGAUGUUACUCAUGUGAAGGCUGAGCCUGGAUCUGACCCUGAGCCUGGAUCUGAUUCCCGACUGAAUCAUGAGCACUUGGAAGCGACCAGCAUCACCAACAUGAAAGUGAAGCAGGAGGUGGAAAUCACUACGCCAUAUGAUCUGGCAGCGAUUCCACAAGAUCAGCAGGAGACUGUGGGGGAUGAAUGCGAGGUUGAGGGUAACAGAGCGCACAGCCUGAAUUCUUCUCAGAUUCAGGUUUUAAAAAGACAUUUUGUCUUUGCAGGCAUGAAGAAAAGAGGAAUGGAGGGAGACACGGAAAACCGUCCAUACAAGUGCCCCUACUGCAACUGGGCUUUCAAAAGGUCUAGCAACCUUUUCAGCCACAUCGAUACUCACCAAGGUCUUAAACCACAUGUUUGUGACCUGUGUGGGAAGGCCUACUCGCACCAAGGUACUCUUCAGCAGCACAAGCGGCUACACACAGGCGAAAGACCGUACCAAUGCCCAUUUUGUGAGAAAAGCUACAUUUGGUCCUCUGACUUCCGCAAACACAUCCGAACGCAUACCGGAGAGAAGCCGUACACCUGUGAGGAAUGUGGCAAGGACUUUGUGCGUUCCUCGGACCUGCGGAAGCAUGAGCGCAACAUGCACACCAACAACAAGCCAUUUCUCUGCAAGCAGUGUGGUCAAACCUUUAACAAACCCCUAUCUCUUCUCCGUCAUGAGCGCAAGCAUUUGGGUGAGAGGCCCUUUGUUUGCCCGGAGUGCGGGAAAGCAUUUGCCCUGGCCAGUCGCAUGACAGAGCACAGAAAAAUCCACAGCAGUGUGCGUCCCUACACCUGCUCCGUUUGCUCCAAAGCUUUCACCAAGUCCUCCAACCUUGCUGAACAUCUCACAGUUCACAGUGGAGUGCGGCCACACAAGUGCUCUGAGUGUGGAGUGGCAUUCGCCAUGGUGUCCCGUUUAGUGCGACACCAGCGUAUUCACACAGCUGUCCGCCCCUAUCACUGCCAAGGCUGCGAUAUGUCAUUCAGCUACCUCGCAGCACUCAAGAGGCAUCAGAAGCAGCAUGAAGAGGGCACAAUCUUUGUAUGUGGACAGUGCAGUAAAUCUUUCCCACAGGAUUCCCUGCUUACAGAACACAUGCAGAGCCAUGCUGACGCUGAGACUUGCAUUUCCUAAGUACUGUUACUGAAGUAACUGGAGGAUAGCAAAUCUGCAAACUCAUGGUAAAAGAAGAUGGCAUCUUGACAAACUCCACUGUCCUACAUAUUUUCAUAUUUUUAGUUGACUAAUUAUAUUGUUACUUGUUAAUUAAAUACAUUGUCAUACACAAAUAGUAUUGAUUUUUAUUAGAAAUUUUUAAAACAAUCGAAUACAUUUUUGGUAGAGGUAUUGAAUAAAUCAUCAGUAUCUCUCCCUCUGGAAUAAACUAAGGCAGUGGCGGCCAAAAGGGUCUUCCUGUAUAAUUACAACAUUUCCCACUUCUUCACUACUGUCUGGCUCCAUAUCUUGAACAUCUGAAUUGUCAAAAGCCACUUAAAUUAUUAAAAUAACUUUGCGUGUGGGGAGGUGGGAUGAGGGAUGGAAGUGUUACAUGUUAUACAGUUUACUGACACUGCCAACUGUGGAGACGUUUUAAGUUCAUGUUUCCAUAGGUCACAGGACCUUUACUCAGCACCCAUUUCCAUCAUGCCCCUGGCCCCACAGGGAAUGACACAAAUCUCUGGAGUCAGCAUGGGGAGCUAUGCCUCAGCUGUUCGGUGUCUUCAGUCAAAGAAGACUGGGCACCAAACACUUAACAGAUUAUUUAAAGACCUCUAUGUCCUCAGUGUAUUUCUGUAACCACAGAUGUUACUGUACGUAAAGAUACAGACGCUCCUCUGACCUCCUCUAGGGGAACUGCAUGGGUGUGUCCAAGGAAUCCCUUGGUCAUGUGAAAACUAGUCACCAAGCUGAAAGUCCAUCCCUGAGUUCCUCUGCAGGUGAUUACUCCUCAAUUAAGAACCUUAAUUAGGGACCCUAUGAACAAAACAAUAAACCUGAAUAUUUGCAUGACAGCUAUGAUAAAUAUAUCAUAUAUAUGGACCAUAUAUGUAUCUCAAACAUAAAUAUUGCAUAUUUAUUCCAGAUAAAAGCACCUUUUGACCAACAAAUUUAAACUUUCUCUAAGCUUUUUAAGAUCUUAUUAAAACCCUGAGAAAAAAUAUUAACAUAACAUUAACAUAAAAAUAUUUGAAAAAAAUUUUUUUUUGCAUUUUUAGUAAUCCCCCGACGAAGAUAUUUCACAUAACAGAACGUUAUACAGUCCACAAGACAAAAUAACUACAUUUUAAAUUAACCCGUUUAUCCUACUAAAUAAAAAAUAAACUGCAUUUUAUUAUCCCUCUUUACUAAUUCUGCAAGGGAUUUAUGACCACAACUGCAUCAGGGUUGAAUGUUAAAUUGACAGCCGUCAAACAGCCGUGACAGCAAGCACAGUGAUCCAGCAAAGGUUUGACCGCAAACAAGGCUCAGUUAAAAAAAUGUGUGGAGUGGGGGGGAUUAUGGAAUUUGUUCCUUUGGGUCUUCUUUAGGCUUAGACUAGAACCAGCCAAUGAACCAUCCAGACUCUGCGGUCUGUUCAGAGAUGAAACAAUACAACAAUUAUUAAAAAUAAAAUAAAAUAAAAAGUAUAGAGGGAAUCAUGUAAAUAUUUGAUGUAAUAUGCUGUUUAACUUUGCUGAUUGUGUGUUAGACUCUCUCUUGUUGUCCUCACUUGGGGAAUUGUUCUGAAAUGAUUAACACUCCCAACUAUAGCGUAGUUUUCAGCAGCACCUUGUGUGAGUUGUACAUAGAGGUGAUGUGUGUAAUUUUAUUGUGUUAAAAUACUUUCUCCAAUCUCUAUUGAACAUGCAGAGUCAACUUCACUAAGGUUUUUCUCAAACUUAAAAAUGAACUUAGAAAACUUAAAAAUGAA